AUGAAGCCAACAACGGUUCUGCGUCGCCCGGCUCUCGCCCCCAUGCCCACAGGCCCCCUACGCGCACCACCCACAGGUGUCGCAGCCAGGGUUCUCCCUCCCCUGAUCAUAAUGGGAUGUGUCGCCGGCAUCGCCUCAUACGUCAAGAGCCAGCUGCACAACGAGUCCGGCACCAUGGACCGGAUCUUUGCGCAAAAGAACGACGAGAGGCACGAGGCGGCCAGGAAAAAGGUCUACGUUGACCGCGAGCCGCGGAGGAGCGCCUACAACAUUCUGUCAUGGUGA